UCUUGCGGUUGAGGAGAUCGCGUUGUUUUCUGGUUGGGUGGUGGCUGGAGCGUGGUCUGCGGGCGGCAGAUUCCCAGUCUCCCUCCCAGCCGUGCACCGGGACAUGUGUGAUGGUGACAACCCCGGGUUGGGUGGUGGGGACAGGAGAGUGAGAGAGCCAGUCCAAUAUAGUGGGGUGCAGAGGCUACUGAGGCCUGGAUACUGAUGUAGGUCCCACUCAGAUUAUCCUGUGUGAUUUUAGUCACUGGCCUCAGUGUCGCUUAUUACAGGUAGAUAUUCUGCAUAAUGAGUCAGGGGGACACAAACUCUGCUGCUGUCCCUCAUGCUGCUGAGGAUGUACAGGGCGAUGACCGUUGGCUGUGUCAGCACAACCGGUUUGUUAUGGAUUGUAAGGACAAGGAGCCAGAUGUGCUGUUUGUAGGUGAUUCCAUGGUGCAGCUAAUGCAGCAGUAUGAGAUUUGGAGGGAGCUAUUCUCUCCACUCCAUGCACUGAAUUUUGGCAUUGGUGGGGACACAACUCGUCACGUCCUCUGGAGGCUUCAAAAUGGAGAACUAGAGAAUAUCAAACCUAAGGUCAUUGUCUUGUGGAUCGGAACAAAUAACCAUGAAAACUCGGCCGAAGAAGUAGCUGGUGGAGUGGAAGCCAUUAUAAAGCUCAUCAACACGCUGCAACCACAAGCAAAAAUAAUUGUUAUGGGAUUACUGCCACGUGGCGAGAAGCCUAAUCGGCUCCGUGAGAAGAACACACGUGUGAACCAGCUGCUGCGCUCAUGGCUGCCACGCCUUCCUGGAGUGCAGCUCCUGGAUGUAGAUUUUGGGUUUGUGCACUCAGACGGCGCCAUCUCUCGACACGACAUGUUCGAUUUCCUCCAUCUCACGGCUGCCGGCUACACCAAGGUCUGCAGACCUCUUCACGAACUGAUUAUGCAACUGCUGGAAGAGACCCCAGAAGAAAAACAAGUCACACUGGCCUGAUCGUCACAUUCCUCCUCACCCUGUCGUCAGUGUUACAUCAUUGGCUGCCACCAUCGCUCACUACAUUUGCCUCCGCUGUAUAUCUACAUGUUCAGUGUAUAUACACAGAACUCAUAAACACCUUCUAAAACCCAUCUUCUCCUGCAAAUCCCAUUUUACCGUUUCUCCUGCAAAUCCCCUUUUACCGUUUCCCCUGCAAAUCCCCUUUUACCGUUUCCCACGUUGUUGGGCAGUUACGUCGUUGAUACCUCCCCCAUGGAGUCUGAGGUGUAGAAUGAGAUUCGGAUUCCUGCAGAUGGAAGAAACACAAAACCUAAAGUCUUGGAUUGAUGUAGACUGCUUAAAUCUGUGGCAAAUCCUGUGAAAAGAUGAUACACCCGAAUUGAGGCUUUUCCAGCCAUUGGUGAGCCUUCAAUGGCGUGUAGUGUAUACAUAGAAGCUGAUGUCCAGGUCACCACUCCAGAAGCCUGUUAAAUGCAAUCUUUCUUUUUCAUUUGAUUAGAAUUGAACCUGACAGGCGACAGGUGUUUGCAUAGAUAAUUGGUGUGGCUAUUUGGUGUGUCGAAGGUAACCCUGGCAUAAAAAGGUUGGAAACCUACAUGGAAGUGGAGAGCGUUUACAGAACUCAAGCCUAGCAUUAAUGGCUUCACUGCUGUGAAGACUAAACGGCUUGCUAGUUAACCCCCUCUUUGCCAGCGCAACCUUCGCCAUAUUGCAAAUACUCUUAGUUUAUUUUAUUAACUGGUAAAUUUGUUCUGUAUCUGUCCUCUCAUUGCGCAGCGUAUGCGCAAUCUUGGAAAUAUGUGUGAAUAUAUAUAUAUAUAUAAAGUAUAAGUAUUGCCUGUAUGAAUAAUGUGUUUGAUAACGUUGGUCUUGUCAGGGACCAAAGCAGAAGUUACUGAAAAUUGACCCCUCCACCAAAUUCAGAGAAGAAAAUUGGGCAUUAUGGGUAAUGGCAUGUGGCUUAGUACCAAAUGCAUAGAUCAAUAUGUAAUAUAGCCAUAGCGCAACAAUAAAGGGUGUGGCUGGCGCAGAAUUAGGGCCAAUUAGAGCUGCAGAUAGUGGGGCUGUCCUAUAGUGUUUACGGUUUGUCUCUGCUCUCAUAUCUGUGCAGCUUUUACAAUUCAUUUGUAGAUCUUGCAUCUUCAGAGCUUAAGCUUCUGUGUACGGCAUAAUGAACUGAUUGUCUCUUGUUGUCAAGUGUGUAUGGAGCGAAGUUAUAAAGAUACCAAUGUUAA